GUUUUGAGCAAAGAAUGCACAGAUGGUCGCUUUUCCAAUGGACAAAUGAGCUUCAAAAUACUAUGACAGAAUCGGGUAGCAGCAGGGGAAACAAUGGAUGAAAGCGCCGAAAAUGUUGACAACGACGACUUUGUCAUUAUCGUGGAAAACGAGGCAGAAAGUUUGCCAGCCGAGGAAGAAAGGCUGAAACAGCAAGGCACCUUCGGGCUCAUGGACACCUGUCCAAUCUGCAAGUUGAGCUUCCACAACAGAGAGCCCAAACUUCUGCCGUGUCUUCACUCUUUCUGCAAGAGGUGUCUCCCUGCCCCCUUCAGGAGUGCUGACCCGAGGCGUGACUCGCAAGUUCAUGUCGACAACAAAUCAUUGGGUGCCAUUCGAUGUCCAGUAUGCAGACAGGAAUGCUGGGAGAUGGACAUGUUGGAUAAUUUCUUUGUUAAGGAUUCUGCUGAGGUGCCGAGCAGCACCGUGGAGAAAACCAGCCAGGUGUGUAUGAGCUGCGAUGACAACACAGAAGCAACAGGUUACUGCGUGGAGUGUGUGGAGUUUCUGUGUGUGACAUGUAUUGAGGCGCACCAAAGGGUCAAGUUCACCAGGGAUCACACCAUACGCCAGAAGGAGGAGAUGUCUCCAGAAGCAUUAGGUGUCUCCACACAGAAGCCUGUGUUUUGUGACGUCCACAAGCAGGAGCCACUGAAGCUGUUCUGUGAGACGUGUGACCGACUUACCUGUCGGGAUUGUCAGCUGCUUAAGCACAAGGAUCACAACUACCAGUUUUUGGAGGAUGCGUACAGGAACCACAAGCAGUAUUUGGAGAACAUGACGCAGCAGUUGCAAGAGAAAAGAAAGGCCAUCGAGGACGUGUCCGGCUGUAUCAGCACUGGACUCCAGCAAGUGGAAGAAAACCGGAAGGCUGUCACAAAUGAAAUAAAGAAGUCCAUCUGUAGCUUGAUUAUGGAGAUUAACCGGAAGGGAAAGAUUCUAGUUAACCAGCUCGAGGCUCUGACUAAGGACCACGAGCUGGGUUUAAAAAAGCAGCAAGAAGACGUCCACUCCCUGAGCAGGCACCUCGAUCAUGUCAUCAACUUUACCAAAUGGGCUACAGCCAGCCAAAGUGGAACAGCCCUGCUGUACUGCAAGAGACUGAUCCUUUUUCAGAUCCAUUACCUGAUGAGAGCAAGCUGUAAUCCCUCAAUCGUCCCCCAGAGUUCUGUUCGCUUUCAGUGUCGCUCUGGUUUCUGGGCCACAAAUGUAGACCUUGGUUCUCUGGUUGUAGAAAGGGGCCCUGGCAGCCGGCCGCCCAUCACCAACCUCCAGGCCGGUCCCAGACCAGAGCCCCCCACUGGAGCGCUCUCAGCCUCGGCUCAGCAGCGACAGAGCACGCUGGCUCAGCUUCAGAUGCAGACAUCUGUUAUUCCUCUGUCCAAGGUGGACAAGCUUACCCAGCAGCCCCAGAGACAGCCCCCUCCUAACCACUGGUCUUGGUACCAAAAUGUCAGGCUCCCAGGACCCCCCGGUCCUCCACCCCCAACCAGACCCAUCCACGGAGGGUCCUCCCCCUCCCAAGGCCCCCCCAACUUGGGACAGCAGCAACAGCAGGGACAGCAGGGGCAGCAGGGACAUCAGGGACGCAGAUAUGGGAGCUCCCACCCUAACCCCAGAAGCCCCACAUCAUCCAUGCUUCACAACACAGGAUUCCCACCUGCUCAGUCUCUGAGAGAUUUGAUCCAUGGCUCCAGUUUCCCUCCUAAACCCAUGGAUGUGAUGCAGGGGACGUCCCGCUACCCACAGCCUCUGCCUACUGGAGCAGCUGCACAUAUGUCUCUACAUCAGCGGGGCCUCACGGAGUCCACCUACCUAAAGAGGAAUGACGCUGGUGCAUCUGCCCCCUCCAUCACCAUCUCUAUUCCCAAACCCAGCUUCGCUCAAAGUCAAGCUUCAGCAACUUCAGAAAAAAUAAGCACCUUUAACCACAUAGCAGUUCAAGCGAGGCAGAACUCCCCGAUGGCCAAACCUUCUUCUUCAGACAGAAGCACGGGGACGACUUCCUGGAGGCAGACUUCAGAGCCGCCGUCUGCCCCCUCAGCCAAGCGACGGAGAAGGUCAUCCCCGGGGCCCGUCAUCGUCAUCAAAGACGAACCUGAGGAUGAAGAUGAAGUUCGAUUUGUGCAGUCCAGCCUGCCAGACAGCAGCACCGGCGGUCAGUCGAUCCCUCUGCAGCAGCUAAAGGUGUCUGUCCCAGUCCCGGUCCCUGAGUCUGGGAAAGAGCAGCAUCCGCAGCCCGCAGCACAGCCAGAGUCUGAGAAGAGAGCGGAGCCGGACGAAGAUCCUAAUGAGGACUGGUGCGCCGUCUGUCAGAACGGAGGGGAGCUGCUCUGUUGCGACAAAUGUCCCAAAGUCUUUCAUCUGGCCUGCCACAUUCCCGCGCUGAAUGAGUCCCCUAGUGGGGAGUGGUUCUGUUCGCUCUGCCGAGACCUCGCCUCCCCUGAGAUGGAGUACGCCUGUAACAGCAAGGACCACCCCGUCUCCGACAUAUUCCCACCUCUUGAAAGAAGGAGGUGUGAGAGGCUGCUACUACGUCUGUUCUGCAAUGACUUCAGCACUGACUUCCAGCAGUCCGCUACUCCAUCAGAGACAAGACGAUACAAGGAGCUGAUCAAGACCCCGAUGGAUUUGUCAAUAGUCAAAAAGAAACUGGAGUCGAAGAUGCGGGAAGGUGAAUGUUAUAACGGUCCGCAUGGGUUUGUCGCAGACGUCCGGCUCAUAUUUUUCAACUGUGCAAAGUACUACAAGGCUUUACAGGCGACCUCAGAACUGGGCAGUGCAGGCUUAUACUUGGAGGAUUACUUUGAGGAGCAGUUGAAACUAGUCUACCCAGAUAGAGUCUUCCCCGGAGGGAGGGAAGAGCAGAUGAUCCCUCCUUUGGAGGACGAGAUAGAGGAAGAGGAAGAGAUGAUGGAGGAAGGCAUGGCUCCCAUUGAAGACGAUAAACCACAAAGUCCUGCAGGAGAAGGAAUCCCUCCUGUGGAGGAGGAAGUGCCUCCUGUGGAGGAGGAAGUGCCUCCUGUGGUGGAGGAGGAAGUGCCUCCUGUGGUGGAGGAGGAUUUGCCUCCUGUGGUGGAGGAGGAUUUGCCUCCUGUGGUGGAGGAGGAUUUGCCUCCUGUGGUGGAGGAGGAUUUGCCUCCUGUGGAGGAGGAAGUGCCUCCUGUGGUGGAGGAGGAAGUGCCUCCUGUGGAGGAGGAAGUGCCUCCUCUAGAUGAACCGACAGCCCCGGCUGAGGAAGAAAAGGAAGAAAAGUCUGAAACGGAGGAAAAGGUAAUUGAAAUGACUGAAAAGGUGACUGAUGCAAAGCCAGCAGCCGCGGAGGGAGACGUGCCUCCCUGCGAGGAUGCAAAGCAGGACGAGGAGACUCCUGCGAUGGAGGUGGAAAGCUCUCCAGCUGUCGACAGUGAAACAAAAGACGAAAUAGCUCCCAGCUCUUCAAAAGAGGAGAUCCCUCCAGACACGACUGUUGAUCCUCCUGAAACCCAGGAGAAGAGCUCAGCUCCUGCAGACACAGCCAAAGAGGAGGAGUGAUGGAUGCAUUACCACAAAGACUGUAGAAAAGAUGGAUGAUUUUAGUCUUCCACAGAAGUGGCCCCAGUGGGGACCGACAUUUGCUGCAAUCAGACAAUUUAUUUGAAAAAAGGUUAUAUUUGCAAUAGGAAAUAAGUACUGCUUUACUGAAUGUAGUAGCAGUCAUGCAGUAGCUGCACUAUAUAAAGGGAGCAAACAAUCCUUUUUGUGUCGUGGCUGGACCGAGGUUACAAUUUUACUGUGACGUAGACCAUUAUUUUCUGGAAAGACAACACUGAAAAGCACACAAAAGAUAUUCUUUGUUCAUAGGAUCAUGUGUAAGUUCUCAUCAAAUAAAGAAAAAAAAGAUUUUGGAUUAGUAAUGCAUGCAAUAUGUCUUAAUAUAAAUAGUAAUGUCUCUGUUUGUUUUUAGUAGACUGGCUCCUAAACUAAUUCUGUUUUCUUGUAAUAAUAUUUUUAUUUUAUUUGUAUUGCUAUGUAUGCAACAUGUAGGGCCACUGUAAAUUGUGGUGCUUAGUUGUUUGAGAACAAACAUGAAUUGCCACUAUUGUGGUUUCAUCUCUGUGUUGCUAGUUUGAGGCCUCUUAUCCCAACAAUGUUUUAUCACUCAGCAGCCUUGUUGAUUUUUAUGAGGAGAACAAUUCUACGGACUUUAUUGUUAUGACAUAUCACAGUAUUUUCUCCUAAUUGUGUUUGCCCUUCACCAUUAUUAUUUGUACACAAAAUUAAGCCGAAGCCUUAUUGCUUCAGCUUAUUUAUUUUAAAGAAGCUUCAGUUAACUUCCUGUAUGGUCGUCAGCUCACUUAAAGUGAAAAGAAUGAGUCAAAACGUCAACAUCAAUUUAGAUCAUUUUGUCCAACAGCCUCACUUUUAUUAUUUAUUGCGAAUACACAGGACCUGUAAAUGAACUUUCACUCUCAAUGAACAAUGUUGAGCAUAAAAAUACCUGCAUUUACAAUAUUUGUAAUAAACAGGGUUUCAUGUAAAUCUUA